AUGCUGGUCGUGGUGUCAAGACCACAGACAGACCCCAGCGCAGGCGCGCUGGGCGGACUCGACGACCACCGAAAGCACGUGCGCGCGCGAACACGCGGAGAGGCGGAGGCGCGCACGCACACGUUGCUGCCAGGUCCACGGGGUGACCCGGCGACCCCACUUCCGGCCACGAACCCGCGGGCUGAGAACACGUCCGCACGACAGUUUACACUCGCGUGUCCGCGGAAGCAGAAGUCCAAGAGCCGAGCGUGGAAACAGCCCAAACGGCCGUCACCGGUGAGGGACGCGCACGCGGCCCAUGGCAGCUGGAGGAGGAGAGGAAAGAGGAAGCACUGGUCUCGGAGCGGAGAGACCGCGGUGACUCCGCUCGCCGAAGUCAGGUCCCUGGGGGCUCCGGGCGAGAGGCACGUGGUCACCGUGAGCUCCGAGCCCACGUCCCUGGGAGGCUCUCUCCGACUUCCUCCGCCCUACGUGUCCACACACACCCAGGCAGAUGGCGGAGACUUCCGGGUGCCCAGGGAGGUGCCCCCCGCCCCAGCGCCGGGCUCUCGCGCCUGCGCGGUCGGGCGGUAG